AUGGGCGAACAAAGCAGGAUCAAGGAGAAGAACGAUGCUGGUCACACAGAGACAGAUGCUUCACCUGGUGGUGACCUGUCUACUUCUUCUCCAGAAUUUCAAAAGAACGCUGGCUCUGAGAUUGGUUCGGCCGACGACGCUUCGGCGCAUCAAAAGUCGUCAGCGGGGGGUGAAUCCAAUACAACAGAUGUCGAGCAAGCUCAAUCGCAAGCACCACCCACUGAGGUCGAUGGUGGCUUUGGCUGGAUCUGCGUCAUCUGCGUCUUUCUGAUCAAUGCCCAUACAUGGGGGAUCAAUAGUUCUUAUGGCGUUUUUCUGGCUCACUAUCUGGCAACCGACACAUUUUCAGGCGCAUCAGACCUUGACUAUGCCUUUGUUGGGGGUCUUUCCCUCAGUAUGGCCCAAUUCAUUGCCCCCGUCGCAACUAUCACCACUCGAGUCUGGGGCACAAGGACCAGCUUGAUGAUUGGCAUCACCUUACAGACAGCGGCACUGUUUGGGGCAUCGUGGGCCACUCAAAUCUGGCACUUGUUUCUCAGCCAGGCCCUGUGUUUCGGGUUUGGAAUGGGAAUGCAAUUCAGUGCCACUGUUGGUAUCAUCCCUCAGUGGUUCACCCGUCGCCGAUCUCUCGCAAACGGCAUUGCAACGGCGGGUUCGGGGAUUGGAGGCCUGAUUUAUUCGUUGGCCACCGGUGCCAUGAUACAGAGAUGGGGAAUUGGCUGGGCGUUUCGAAUUCUGGCCAUUGUAUCUGCUGCUGCGUGUGGUAUCUCGGCCAUCAUUGUCAAAGAUCGGAACAAAGCCAUUGGAGCAAUCCAGAUUGCAUUUCACACGGAGCUCCUGAAGCGACCCGAGUUUCUGCUCACUUUAGCUUGGGGCUGCUUCAGUGUUCUGGGCUACGUGGCCCUUCUCUUUUCAAUUCCCGACUACGCAAGCACAGUCGGCUUGAACGCGUCCCAGGGCUCAAUUCUGGGUGCGAUGUUCAAUCUUGGCGGAGGCCUUGGUCGACCCGUUAUAGGGUACGUCAGCGAUAGCUUUGGCAGGCUUAAUACCGCUUUAGUGUGCACCUUCCUGGCUGGUCUCUUCUCGCUGGUUGUGUGGAUCUUCGCCAAAAGUUUCGGUGUUCUCGUCUUCUGUGCCUUGAUCGCCGGCCCCGUGGCUGCAACCUUCACGACGACAGUUGCCCCCGUCGGCGCGGAGGUUGUCGGUUUGCAGCUACUGCCAUCUGCCCUGUCAAUCUUCUGGCUUUCAGUAGUGAUCCCCAGCACUUUUGCAGAGCCAGUUGCCCUGUGGUUACGUACCGACCAUGAGACCAACUUUUUGCAUGCGCAGAUAUUUGUCGGGUGCAUGUUUAUGGCAGCAUGUGCUUGCCUUGGGCUUGUGCGCGCGUGGAAAAUCUCAGAGUUGGAAAAGACCAGCCCCAACGGUGUCUCGCUCACUCCUCAAUCCCAGUCCAUGGAAAAUGAUGCCGUGCUACCUCGGGAGCAUAUGCCUGGAGCUGCGGGUGUCAUUCCCAGUGUGACGAGGAAGGCGAGGCUUGUGAAUGGUCUGUUCAAAAUGGCGGUGGUAUAG